GGCUCGGUUUUUUGGGGGUGGGGGGGCGGGGGGGCUCAGAUAUGGAGGCAAAUGGGAGCCAAGGCACCUCGGGCAGCGCCAACGACUCCCAGCACGACCCCGGUAAAAUGUUUAUCGGUGGACUGAGCUGGCAGACCUCACCAGAUAGCCUUAGAGACUAUUUUAGCAAAUUUGGAGAAAUUAGAGAAUGUAUGGUCAUGAGAGAUCCCACUACGAAACGCUCCAGAGGCUUCGGUUUCGUCACGUUCGCAGACCCAGCAAGUGUAGAUAAAGUAUUAGGUCAGCCCCACCAUGAGUUAGAUUCCAAGACGAUCGACCCCAAAGUUGCAUUUCCUCGUCGGGCGCAACCCAAGAUGGUCACAAGAACAAAGAAAAUAUUCGUAGGCGGAUUAUCUGCGAACACGGUGGUGGAGGAUGUAAAACAGUACUUUGAGCAGUUUGGCAAGGUGGAGGAUGCAAUGCUGAUGUUUGAUAAGACGACCAACAGGCACAGAGGGUUUGGCUUUGUCACGUUUGAGAAUGAAGAUGUUGUGGAGAAAGUCUGUGAGAUCCAUUUCCAUGAAAUCAAUAAUAAAAUGGUAGAAUGUAAGAAAGCUCAGCCUAAGGAAGUCAUGUUCCCACCGGGGACAAGAGGCCGGGCCCGGGGACUGCCUUACACCAUGGACGCGUUCAUGCUUGGCAUGGGAAUGCUAGGCUAUCCCAACUUUGUGGCAACCUAUGGCCGCGGCUACCCUGGAUUUGCUCCUAGCUAUGGCUAUCAGUUCCCAGGCUUCCCGGCAGCGGCUUACGGACCAGUGGCGGCGGCGGCCGUGGCAGCGGCAAGAGGAUCAGUCCUGAAUAGCUACAGUGCUCAACCGAAUUUUGGCGCGCCCGCUUCCCCGGCAGGCUCCAACCCCGCGCGGCCCGGAGGCUUCCCGGGGGCCAACAGCCCAGGACCUGUCGCCGAUCUGUACGGCCCUGCCAGCCAGGACUCCGGAGUGGGGAAUUACAUAAGCGCGGCCAGCCCACAGCCGGGCUCGGGCUUCGGCCACGGCAUAGCUGGACCUUUGAUUGCAACGGCCUUUACAAAUGGAUACCAUUGAGCAGGUGCUUCUGUUGCCAUCCCACUCUGAGAGCAUACCUGGAUGUCCAGGCAAGACUGGGCGAAGUUUCUGAGUGGCCCUUUGUUUAGGUGAUGUCAUCAGACCUGGACCCCCACCAGCCUCACUCCCCAUCGCAACCAGAGAUGGCUCACUUCGGAUCGAGGGUUGACUACAUCUCAUCAUCUCACGAAUCUGCUGUAAUAUAUGACAACAGCUUUUAAAUGUGUAUAUAACCCAUGAUUUUGGUUUUGUUUUGUUUUUUUUUGUUUUUCUUGAUGGUUUCCCCCUUCCUCUCCCCUCUUCCCCGUUCUCCUUUUAAAUCUCUUUGAAUCACAUUUGGUAGUGAUUUUGACUUAGUCCGGUAGUCAUAUAGCUUUAAUAUCUAGUUAAAAGCUAACCAUAGUAUAAUUGUUAUAUUAAGGUAUUAUUUUUUCUUAAAAAAAAUUUUUUUUUUGGCUUGUUUUGAUUCUGUUCUCACUUUUAAAGGAUGCUGAGAUGGUAAUAUGACUCUCAAUAUUUUGGUACCAAUUCUGAGACUGUAUGGAUUUUCUGGUGCGGCUUGUGCACCGGCGGAAGCAAAGUUGUGAAGUGUGGAGUAGGAGAUGGGCAUAAGCUUUCUACUUUGCGUUGUCUAAGAAGUGAGAUGUAGUAAGCUAAUUAACAGACUCUCUAGCGGUUCUUUUUUGUGACGUCUCUUUGUUAACCUAAGUAUAUCUAUUUUCGGCAAUAAGGUAAGGACGACGAUGUUUUGAGUGUCCUUCUUUUCUAUAAGUGCUUUUUUUCUGUUGAAAGAGGUGAUAUUAUAAGGUUUUUUGAAAUUGUGAAUUCUAAAAAAAAAGAAACGUUGUAAAUACAAUUCCAUUAACUACAUAGAAACUAUUAAGAAAGAGAAUCAAAAAUAUUUUUGUGAGGGAGUCGGUCCCAGGCAGUUCGAUGCUCUGUGGGAAGGAGGGGAAGGAAUGGUAACCAAGUCAGUUCGGAGGCGGAAGGACACCCCGCUGCCGGGACGACCCCGGGGGAAAGUUCGAACACUGUUCAGCUCCUUCUGUCUGUGUGAUAGACCUAAGAACUGUAUUCGUGUCAUACCAGCAUAUUAACCUCUCGUCUGUGCACAGCUUCAAAUGUUACCGUCUAGUUAGAUUUUUAUUUAAAAUAUGAAAAACUGCUUUUCCCAAGACGUUUUUUAAAAACAAAGCUACAAUUUUAAUAUUUAACAUAUUUAAAGUUUCAAAGCACACCUGUUUGGCUUGGGUGGGGAGGGGUGGGGGGACAUUCUUUUUCAGUCUUAAUUUUUAAAUAUUUGAUCAUUUUCUAUCGUCCAACCAUUUCAGCACCUCCAAAGGUCCCUAGGACACUUUGCCUCUCUUUGCCCUUCCCUUCCCCCCCCCCACCCCCCCACCCCCGGCCCCCAGCUCUGGGGGGGCCCCACCCCCCUGGGCCAGGAGCGGAGAAGCCUGCAUUAACGAAACCUUCUCUCCAUUCACUUUCUAUUUACAAAUUAGGAAAGCAACCUUUUGGUUUAUAUAUUUUUUUUUAAUACCUCAGUGCUGCAAGUAUCACCAGAGAGGCUAUGGAAGAAUUUUUUUUUUUUAAUUUAUUGUAGAUGUAAACAGAAUUUUAAAAAUAAAAAGUAUAAACAUCGCUGCACUGUGACUGGUGGGAAAAACUGACAGUUUCCUGUUUGCACAUGUUUGACAUUUGGCUGUUAUAAUAUAUGGUCCUCGGUUGGGGAAAGAUACUUAUGAUGAAGGAUAUUUUUUAAUUUAACUUUUUUUUAAUAUUGGUAAUAGGUCGGCAACAGCAACUAUAGAAGUACAACUCGAUAGAUGGCAUUAAAACAUAUUGUAGUGUGGAUAUAUAUUUUUUUCUUUUUUAAAAUGUGAUAUUGACGUUUUAUUAAUAUUUUUUAAAUUGUUACGUUUAUAAAUUUGGUACUUAAGGCACAGCCAGUAUGAGACACUGAAUGCGACGUUUAUUAUAAAGAGCUGCUGCACUCCUAUUUUUAUAAAUUUUACUAACAAAGUAGACUAAUGUAGACAUUCACAGACAUGGUAGGGCAAAAGCAUCCUCAAACAAAAGGCUCCAAAAUGCGAACCUGGAAGGAAA